AUGGAUUUUCAACCUACCCUUCCUAUUCCGAUCUCCUUCAUUUCUGGUAGAUACCUACUUUUCUCCAUUGAUUUCGUCACAUACCUGAGACGUGAGCACAACAUCUGCGGUGUUUUGACCGGAACCUUGCCGCAAAUCCCACAACAGAAUGUGUUCCUGGGUCUGCCGCUUGAGUUGAUGCCCGAGGAGGCACGGGUGUUGGUGGACAAGGGUGUAGCUUGCAUUGUAGACGAAGCCAAGGCACACCAAGGCAUGCAAUCUCUUCUAGAGGAGGAUCGCCAAAAGUACCUGCGCGAAUUAGAAUCCCAAGGGCUCCAUGCCUCGCGUAUUUUCGCCGAACGCAAAAGCCAGAAAAAGGCAGAGACUUUGAAAAAGAUAGCCGAAAAGAAGGCAAAGGCGAAGGCACAAGCUAAGCCUCAGUCUGAAGAGUCUGCCAAUGUUGCGACAGCUACAUCUGAGCCUUCAGCUGCCAAUGAUGAGCCCGCCUCGGUGGUCGACUUCUUUGCAGGCGAUGCCUCUAGUCCCUCAAAGGGCGCCUCGACCGGCACACCCGCUUCUCAGGCCUUCCAUGUUACACCCGCAACCUCCUACCCUCCUCUACCCGACCCAACUACAUCGUCUGAGCUCAUCGUCUCCCGACCGGACGUUCCAUCCUCGUACCCGCUCUUUGCGCACAUGCACUCACGAGGCUAUUUCCUGUCGCCUGGUCUUCGGUUUGGGUGUCAAUAUGUGGCAUACCCUGGAGACCCUCUUCGGUUCCACUCGCAUUUCCUCGUUGUAUCGGCAGAAUGGGAUCAAGAGAUCGAUUUGAUGGACAUCAUCAUCGGUGGUCGGUUGGGCACUGGUGUUAAGAAGGGCUUCCUUCUGGGCGGCCCUCAAAAUGCGAAAACAGAAGAUGGCUCUGAGAUUGAGCGUACAGAAAGCGUGCGGACCUUCAGCAUUGAGUGGGCUGGCAUGUAA